UCUUCCUCCGGGACCAGAAAAUAUGUCGACAGUGAUUCAGAUUAAUAACGCUAUUUUUUAUUAAAUUUUUCAGAAUUAUGUCCAAUUUGUCCCCGGUUAGCUCGCCGGUGAAACGGGCCCGGCUUACUCAGUCUCAUCCUUCUCCGGGUAGUCAAAUAACUGGGGCAGCCAGGGACCUAUUGUCAGGAGCAUUGCAUGACGCAAUAAGAUCACGUGAUGAGAAGAAGGAAGAACCAGAAGUAUCUCCUAGUCCUACGAAAAUAAACGGAAGUCCAACAAAGAGUACAAAUAAAGGAAUAAGGCGUAAGCGGAGAAAAGAGCCUGAAGAAAAUACUGACUUUCAUCAUACCUUCGUUAUGAAACUGUUUGACCGGUCGACAGAUCUAGCUCAGUUUCCUACCAAUACCCCUCUCUAUCCGGUUUGCAGAGCUUGGAUGAGAAAUGAGCCAAGUAAUGUAAACCAAGGACCCCGGGAGAGAACUCCUACGCCUCCUCCUCCCCCUGGUUCCAGUACAGAGGAGUCUCCUGAUGUUUAUUCUCUACCCCCACCUGAUCCUCCUCAAUCUACUACCGGGGACAGGUGUCCCAGGAUACCUCCAUUAGGUCCCCCUCCUGUCCUAGAAGGAGUAGAUAUUGAACUUCAACACUCGGAUUCAACUCCCCCUGCUGUACUCCUCAGUAACCAUAUGGUCAGAUGGUGGGAGGUUCGGAAGUCCUGGCGACAAGCAUCUGUGGAUAAUGAGAAGAGAUUUGUCAAGAGUUUCAAGAUUUUAAAGGAUAUGUUUGAUAAAUAGGCCGGAUAUGUCCUAUCUGUUAUCUAUAUAUAAAUUUGGCUUGUCUGUUUGUUUGUAUCCAAUAAACGUCAAAACGGCUAA